AUGUUUCAAGCACUAAAAACAAUUGUGUCUGAUCUAAGUCCUAAGACAAUUAUGGUCGACUUUGAAAAAGGUGCAAUGAAUGCAAUAAUUUCUGAAUUUCCUGAAGCAAAACUGAAAGGUUGUUUCUUUCAUUUAUCGCAAUGUAUUUGGCGACAAAUUCAAGCUGCAGGCCUCCAAAAAAAAUAUAUAGAUGACGUAACUUUUGCACUACAGGUUCGUAAAUUACCAAGCUUAGCUUAUGUACCAGAAAAUAAGGUUAUUGAGUCUUAUGAAAAAUUGUUGGACAUCAAAUACUUUAUUGAAAAUGAUGAACUACUAUCACCAAUUCUUAAUUAUUUUGACGAUACUUGGAUAGGACGUACUGACAGGCGACAAAAAAGGCGAUCGCCUACUUUUAAAAUUUCGAUUUGGAACUGCUAUUCCUUAGUUUCUGAAGAUUUACCAAGAACAAAUAAUGCUGUUGAAGGAUGGCAUAAUUGUUUUACAUCGAUUUUAAAUCAAUGUCAUCCAAGUAUAUGGAAAUUUAUAUUAGCAUUGAAAAAAGAGAAAAAUAUGAAUAAAAUAAAAAUCGAGCAAUAUAUAGCUGGAGAAUGUCCACCAGCAAAAAAAAAGUAUCAAGAUAAAGCUCAACGUCUGAAGCAAAUAUGCUAUGAUUUUGAAAAUAGACCUAUCGACGACUAUUUACAAUAUAGCUAG